AUGUCCCGCCCAGCUAUCCCAAGUCUCCACCGCAAGAACACUGGGUUGGUCUCCAAUACUCAGUCGACGCCCACUCCCACGUCGACCCGAUCAGCGCAGCGCGGACUCGGCCCCGCACUCCCGGCGGCCUCCGUUGCGCCUCUGCGUCCCAUCAAGAGAAGAGGUUCGCUGAAGGAGACCGCGCAGAAGGUCCAAGCGUCCGUUUCCAAGACGCUCGGCACGUUCAAGCCGUUCCCGAUGGGCAACGCUGUGGAUGUGGGGGGAGGGAGGAGCCCGCAAGGGACAACUCGCGUAGUAGAUGGAGUUGAACCGCGGGCGCACAAGAGAGACGGGAGUGACGGCUCGUCGAUACGCACUGUCACUCUGGCUAGGGAACAGGCGAAGCGCAUUCAGGCUACACCCACUGCUCUCUCGAUUACUCCGCCUGCUACUGGUGAUACGCUUCGCAGCCCCGGCAUCAGCGUACAUCCGAGCAAUCAGGCCCCUCGAUGCCUCUCCCCCGUCUUCUCAGAGUCUAUCCUAUCAGACUCAAUCAUCUCCGACGCGCCGCUCAUCAGCGCAUUCGAUGUCGACGGUCUGGAGAGUGUCCUGUCCGAAGCACUCUCGGCGGAUGCGCGGUGGGCCAGCUCGGUUCUCAAGAACGCUGGACUAUGGCUCAGUAAUGUUGCCACACAGAACCCCGUGGAAGACUUCGAGGAGCAGUCAGAGCCGCUGCUGAGGGUCGACGAGAUGUCGUACAUCGAGGAAAGGAGAGCGAGGACACGCACCAGCUCGACUCCGCCCAUUCCCACCAAAGCCAGGUUGAAGCGUGAGAAGUCGAUCGUCUCGACAACAAGUUCUAGUGUCGAGUACUACACUCUGGGCGCGACAGAGAUGUUCAAGAGCAAGAAUAGCGUGGUCAAGGGCGAGCUUGAGCUGGUACGCGUCAAAGAAAGGAUGGGUAGCAAGGUUUCGUCGGCUGCUCCUCUCUCUGCGGUUCCGCCCCACGUCAAGCCGAGGCGCCGGCCCAAGUAUGGGGACGAGCUCACGCCGGACGACUCUGCCUCGCAAUUCAGCUCAUCUACUGCGACAUCAAGUCAGUCGCGUGCUAGCAGUGCCAGCGGUGUCCCAUCUACGCGCACCUCAACACGGCACAGGCGUGCUGUAGGCGAACCCGUCAAGGCGGACAAGGGAGAGAUAGCGUCAUUCAAGGAAGCGCGAAGGCAACUGGAAUACGAAGCGGCAUCAGCGGCAUCAACGAUAUCGACGGCGUCAACAGUGUCGUAUCGCACUGCUCACAGCAGCGCGUCGUCUCGGUCCCGCUCUCUUAGCGUUGCCUCGUCAAGGACCAUCACCACGUCUACCGGCAGCGUCCGCACCCCACACGCCAAGGAGUUCCCUGCGGUACCUGUUGGUGACGCUCAGCACGUCUACAAGACGACCAUGGAACAUCUGCAACAAGUGGCUAUCUUGAACAACAUCGACUUGGACGUUGAGUCGGUGUACAGGCAGCGCUUCCAAGUCGCGCUCAAUGUCCACCUGCAGCAAGCCUCAACGCAGGCUCUUGCGGAAACUUUCAACGCUGUGGGCGAUGCUCUCGGAGCCGUGACCGUCCCACGCCGCCACGCGCAAGGCGCCGGAAAGGUGUAUUGA